GUUUGUGUAGCUAGCCGCGCCGUAGUUAGCCUAGCUGCUAACUGUUUAGCUCGCAUGUUUAUCGGACGCGUCUCGUCUUUUCUUCCGUGGCUUCGUGGUCACACCGACGACCCGGUUACCGUGACGUCCGCGGUAAUGGAAGGACCGGCAAUGGAUCCGUGGACGUGGAAGCCGACGUGACGAGCAGAGGAGAAGCGGACGGUGGAUCUGCAGCCCUGUAUCCUAAACAGGAGAACGAGCUCUUCGUCAUGAACUGCGAUAUCGACGGAGACAUGGAGAACCAGGUGGAGAUGGAGGAGAAGACGAGGUUAAUCAAUCAAGUUUUGGAACUUCAGCACACACUAGAAGACCUCUCGGCGCGUGUCGACGCCGUCAAGGAGGAGAACCUGAAGCUAAAAUCUGAGAACCAAGUCCUCGGGCAGUACAUCGAGAACCUCAUGUCGGCCUCCAGCGUCUUCCAGACCACCGACACCAAGAGCAAACGGAAGUGAGGUACCAGAAAGAGAAAGACGAGGAAAACGAGUCCCAGGCCGGCGGCCGGGAGAUGGACCCCACCACUGAGACAUGGAGGGGGGGGGGGGGUUCUUAGCGGACACCUGGGCGACUGUAACACCUUCUAGAGUCGCAACUAACUUAUUUAAUUAUCACAAAUAUGAAGUGGCACAUGUACCUACAAUGUUAAUGUGAGUCUGACCCGGGUGUCUCCACUCAAACCGGACUGUACGGUCACGGGUCCGUUGCGACGCUCUGUCGAUGUAAUAUUUUGUAAAAUAAUUCUUCGUUCGGCUUUACCUGCUUUUGGUUUUGUGUUUGAGGACAAUUCAGAUUUUAUGUGAUAAAAAAAAAAAAAAGAAGUCGCCCCCCCCCCCCGUAACUUUCUGAGGCGUCUCACACUGACCUGUAAAGUGGAUGAAAAACAAACCAACAAUAUUCUAAAUACUGGUUGACCAUAAAGCUAUAUUUCAACACUGGUUUACGUUAUUUUGUUUUUGUAAAAAAUAUUUUCUACAUCAGCUGGAUCUGAGUUUUUUUCGGCCGGUCUCGGACGCCGUCGCGUCGAAAUGUUUCUGCCAUUUUAAAAAGCGGGCACGUGAAACAGUAUUACUGAGGAUAAUAAAAUGUAUCUGGAUUGCAUGUACGAGUUUUUUGUUGUAUUAUUUAAAAAGUAUAUCUAAUGUAGUAUAUCUAAUGACGUCAUUAAAUCAAUGACCCCUACCUUACAGGCUAGUGUAACGUGACUGAGAACUUACAAUAGGAGGCGGAGACUAGAGCUCAAGUAAAAGCACAGAAACUAAAAGUGCAAAUCUUAACAUCGAUGUCUCAAUUGGGAAAUUUAAUUACAUUCAAUCUUUAUUUUCCACUUAAAGUAUUUGUAACCCUUUCAGUUGACUGUGUUGUGGCCGACUAACGGGAAGAGACAAAGGAAAAGGUCCUGAAUGCAUCAAACUGCAUUAUUACAUUGUGUUAUUGGGGGGGGGGGGAGGAGCCAGAUGAUACAAGGAGGAAAGAAAGGAAUGCUCCCCCCCCCUUUAAAGAGGCCGUAGAGUGCUAUUGAUCCAUUCAUCCAGGCCCGGACUGUACCACCUGCCCAGAGGAGGGGUGUUCGAUGCGGCCGAGCGGAAGACUACCGCCCAGUCAGAUAAAAAACAAAGAUGCGGUCAUGUCAUCUGAACACAUUUCCUUUAAAAAAAAAAUGUAAGUAUAUAAAUAUUGUGAUAGAAGUCCAACGUGUAAACGUGGAGUGGAUCAAUACUCCGGGAGGCUCUGAACACUGUAUGCUGUAAUUUAUUGGAGGUUAUUUAGAUAUUUUUUAACAGUUGUACAGUUGAAUGUCUUCAUUUCUGUCCUCCCAAAGCGCUUCUGUUGUUUUAAUAAAAACCUGAAGAUCUU